CUCCUAUGUUUCAUUUAGAAGGCUAUGUUCUAUCGCCUCCUUCUAUCCCUACUACAUACCACCGCGGCCUUCUCCUAAGAUAACGAAGGCGAUGAUAGAAUAUAAGACAGUCCAUUUAGGCAAUCCCUCACUAAAAUUCGAUUGAAUAGACCGAAGCGACGAAAAGUUGAAGCACUUGUAGCAUAUAUAUAUAGCUUCGAGUAGUGUAUGUAACGCUCAAGACGGUAGAACUCAUCUCCUUUUAUUUAGAACCACACUCAGACAUCUGCAUACAAAUCUCCUCGCAAAAUGGUACAACUCACGGCGCUGUUCGUAACACUUGAGUUUACGGAUCCUAUAUUCAGUGGCAAUGGAGUGCUAGGAAGGAGUCUUGUGCGUGGUCUCAUAUCCUCAGGCGUAGACACAUAUAUUGUUACUGCCAAACCUGUUGCAUACAGCCAGACCUCCAAUGGGAAUGGACUAGAAAGUCCAGCUACUAACAUGUGCCGCGAUAAGCGAGACAGUAGUGUCAUGGAGGAGUGUCACUAUCACGCACCAGAAGUGCGAGACGUCGUAUUAAGUCAGGACGAUGGGUUUAGCAUACCGGUAUUGGAAAUACCCGUUGACACUCGCCUGUGGCGCAGGCUGGAUAGAUACGGCCCCUGGAAGCAGUUUGCAGAUAACCUCAAACAGUACACACACAAAGAUCGAGAAUGGUUAGGUGGGGAUGACAACAACAACAGUGACACCCCAUACAAAGACGGGGCCGAGAAGCUCAGAGAUGCGUUCGGAUUGGACCGAUACGGCGCAUUUAACAUGGUGUUUGCAGUAGAUUGGUCGGGGUUCCAUGCGUUGGAGAGUAUACGCUUAGCCGAUAUGCUGUUACAAAAGGCCGUGUAUAUCAACUUCCGCGUGUUCGCCACCAGAUCGUUGGUGUCAACUAGUGAUUACGAAUUCUACCGAGAGUACGAGGGACGGGCUAUGCUCAAGUGCAAUGUGACCAUUGUACUGUGCGACGCAGAUGCGGACUCUCUAAUGGAUAACACAAACGAGUACGUUAGGGAGGUGGGGUUGUUAAAUAGCGAUGGGUCUGAUGCGAGUGCUGAGAUACCACACAACAGCGUAGGCGUGGCCAGCACGGUCGGUGAUGUGGCAAGUGUUGUAAACGAAAUGAAGGCGCUGAACGGAAAAACGUAUGCGCCAGUUUUAGAACGCCCCCAUGUCUUGCUACCCCCUUUGCGGAAGGAGACUGAACGGAUUGCGAGAGAGGAACAUAGUCACGGAGGCUUGUUGCCCUUGCCCGACAUCGUCACGGCAAACCUUGAGAAAAUGAAUCUCUCUACCACCUCCACGCGUUUCAUAGUGAGUUGCGUACGGCUAGACCGGCCCAAGAAUGCCAUUCUAUUCCCACACCUGAUGAAACAAGUCGCAGAGAAACUGCUAUCUGGACAACCCCAUACAUCUGAGUCAGACCAACCACACACCCCCCACCCAGCAACCAAUGCCACAGAGAGCCCUGAACAGCAACCACGGGUGGUGCCGCUACUGUGCGGGAGUGCCGCCGACCCUGAAUAUGCACACGAGGUCAAAGAGGCACUAAAAGACGCUUGGCCGCAGGCUAUAGUCAUCGAAGACUUCCUCACACCUCUGCAGAUGGCAGCCAUCUUCCAGCGCACGCUGGUGAACAUACACCCGUGCCUGUACGAUGCGUUUGGGAUGACGGUGUGCGAGGCCGCGGCCUUCGGAGUCCCGAGUAUGGUCCACUUUCCUAAGCUGAACGUGCCGUGUACAGGGGUGGCUACAUCCUUUGACUUGCUGACCAAGCAAGCGGGGUGUGCAGUCAACGGUACGCGAGAGCGUCAGGUGUGUUGGGGUAGUGACGGGGUGGUGUGCGAGAGUUGUGUGAAGGCUGCGGAUGUCUUCGGCGGGUCGAAGGUGGGUGUGGCCGACCUACUGCAAGUGUCGCAGCAUGAGAUCAUUGCCGUGGAUUGGCAGGGGUUCCAGAACAACGUACUGAACGAGGAGAUAGUGGAGACUGUCCUGGGCAUAGUCGAUGCGGGACUGUACCAGGGCUCACAUCACGAGGUGUAUGAGAAGUACCGAGACGCCGUUAGAGAGGCGGCGCUUAGCUGGACCGAGGGCGACUGUGGGAAGAAGUUGGUUUGGCUGGCGGGCCAGUCUAUGGACAUGUUACAGAGCUAGCGCGGAUGGCGAGUACGUACACUACCAACUCUUGCUACACACUUACGGC